AUGGGCAGCAAGAACCACGAACUCGUCCCUACCGUCCUGAUCGCCCAAAUCGCCGGUCUCAGAGGAGGCAGCGGUGUCCACAAGAGCAUUGCGACUCUCGCCAAGUCCGGUCUCAUCGCCAAAAUCAAGAACGCAAAGUACGACGGUUACCGCUUGACCUAUGGUGGCCUCGACUACCUCUCCCUCAACACCCUGCGCAAGCAAGACACCGUAUUCGGCAAAGUCAGCGCAGACCCUACCGGCAAACAACUCGUCCUCAAGCUUCACAGACUCGGUCGCAUUUCUUUCCGUACCGUCAAGGCCAACCGCGAUUACCUGCGCAACCGCACCACUGGUUCAUGGAUGUACCUGAGUCGCUUGGCAGCCAUGAAGGAGUACGCCUUCAUGCACGUUCUCAAGCGCGAAGGCUUCCCUGUUCCCGAACCCAUCGCCCAAACCAGACACACUCUCGUCAUGGAACUUAUCGACUCCUUCCCUCUACGCUCCAUCGACAACGUCUCCGACCCGCUCACACUCUACGGCGACCUCAUGGAUCUGAUCGUACGCCUUGCGAAGGUCGGCUUGAUCCACGGUGAUUUCAAUGAGUUCAACUUGCUCAUCAAGGAGGACCCCGUUACCAAGAAAUCAACUCCAAUCCUUAUCGAUUUCCCGCAAAUGCUCUCCACAACACAUGAGAACGCAAAAUGGUACUUCGAUCGCGACGUCAACUGUAUCAAACGCUUCUUCUCCCGCCAAUUCAAGUUCACUUCGGACGAGCCAGGUCCCUUCUUCGAGGACGCCAUCAAAGACACCGAUCAAAGCAAGCGCUUGGAUAUCGAGGUAGAAGCUACUGGCUUCAGCAGAAAAAUGGCAAAGGAUCUAGACAGAUUUGUCGAGGCUGUGGGCUUCCAGAACGAAGCCGACGAGGAUACUGCAGAAGUUUUGGACGGUCAAGACGGCGAAGAAGUCGACCAAGAUGACUCGGAAGAAGAGGAAGAGGAAGAGGAGGAAGAAACAAAUUCACAAACCGCCCAAGAAGACCAGCUCGAGGAAGAGCUGGCCGAGCAAACCCACACAGACUCUCUGGAGAACCCUCAAGUUGACGACCCCAAACUGGCAGAGGAGCUCGGAAGUCUAGGACCACAAGACUCUGCACCCGCGCUCACUGCAGAGAACCUCGCAAAACACCUGGAGCCUCUGAACUUGCAAGACCAACAAGCCGAGUACAAUGCUACAGUGGAGCAANNCAAAAGAAAAAGAAAAAAGGCUGCAGGCUGGUCCAUCUAA